UAUUUAUAAUAAUAAUACUACUCUUUUUCCUACUCCUCCUGUUACUCCUCCUGUUGCUACUCCUCCUGUUGCUACUCCUCCUGUUACUCCUCCUGUUGCUACUCCUGUUGCUGAUUAUGGUUAUGAAGGUGGUCGUCCUGAUUACUAUUGUUAUUAUGGUGGUGGUGGUGGUGGGGAUGGAAAUACCAACAACAGUCAUGGUAAGAGGGACAAUAGCUGCGGAACUGUUGAUGGGUCCUUGGUUACAGCAGCAACAGGAGCAGCAGCAGCAGCAGCAGCAGCAACAGCAACAGCAACAGCAGAAGGAGGAGGGGAAGGAGGGGGUGCUUUAGUAUCUACUCCUAAUCCUUUUUAUAUAAGAGAGGAUGGAGGGGAUGAAUUAUCUGCUGCUGCAUUUGCUGCUCGUCUAUCAGGAGAUCCUGCAGCAUUUGCUGUUCCUUGUUGCUCUCCUGCUGCAGCAACUUUGCUGCAUCCUGCUGCUGUUGUUGAGCGGCUGCUGCAUCCCCUUAUUAUUGAAUAUAGACACCCGAGUACAUGUGUUGCUAUACAGGUAGAUCCUUUGCUGCCCCAGCAGCAGCAGUUGCUGCUGCACCGUCUACGUUACAUCCAACAACAACAGCAACAGCAGCAACAGCAGCAACAGCAGCAGGAGUGGGAGCAAACACUUGCAGAUGUGUUGCAGUACAGCAGCAGCAACAGCAGCACAAAUAUUUUAUUAGAAGGAGUUAAGUCCUGUCUCCUUAUUACUAUUAAUGUCCCUUAUGAUUUCUUUAAGGGGACGGCCCCUAGGCUACGCGUGCUGCAGGCAUUAAGUGUGGGGCCCCCAAGUAGCUGCAGCAGCUGCAGCAGCAGCAGCAGCGUAGGAGGAGGAGAUCAGGAGACGCUUGAUAGUGUCUCCUCAUCCUCUUAUCAACAAGGAGGUGUCUCCUUAGAGACACAAGGAGACAGCAGACAUAGAAGGAGACACCUUAGGCACAGCAGGACAAGAGGAGGGGGACAUGUUGCUUUUGAUAGCAUGCAGCAGCUCAGCAGCAGCAGCAGCAGCAGCAGUGGCAGUGGGAGCAGCAACGAGGCCAGCAGCGAUGGCGAAAGCGAUAGUGGUAGCGAUAGUGUCUCUGCUGCUGCAGGUGCUGCUGCACUUGCUGCUGCAGCGCAGCAGCAGCAAAGUAGAGAGACCUCAGGAGACACCCCAAGCUGCUGCUGUCCCCAUACACCACCGGAGAUGCAUACCCACUGCAGCAGCUGCAGCGGGAGGAGACAAUUAAGCAGCAGCGGCAUAAACAGCGGCAGCAGCAACUGCUGCUGCGGCUGCUGCUGCUCACUAGGUGCUGCAUCACCGCAGCAGCUGCAGCUGCAGAUUGACUGGGAUAAGGCGCAGUGUAUUGCUAUUGAUGGUGUCCCCAAGGUCAUGCAGCUGUCUCCUUGGAAACGGGAUCCUGCAGCAGCAGCAACUGCAGCAACUGCAACAACUGCAGCAGCAGCAGCAGCGCCGGCUUUAGAGAGAAGGAGCAGCAGCAAACUAGAGCUGCAGCAAAUGCAACAGCAAAUCAUCUACGACUCAGAAGGGACAGAAGUCGUUGUAGCUGUCCCCCGUCCCCCUAGCAGCAACAGCAGCAGCAGCAGCAGCAGCAGCAGCAGCAGUGAGGACGAUGAGGAGAUAGGAUGGUUGUCCCUUCCUCCAUUUAAAUCAUCUCUACAGCUGCUGCUACCUGUCUCCGCUUGCUGCGCCCCUGGCGAGGGGCCCCUUGGGGGCCCCACUCUGCUGCAGCAGCGGACAGAUGACUGCUGCUAUCCUAGCAGUGAGUCGCUGCUGUCAGCAGGGGGUCCUGCAACAGACCUCUCACGGGUAAGCAGCAGCAGCAGCAACAGCAGCAACAGCAACAGCAGCAGCAUUGACAACAGUAGCAGUAGGAACAACAGCAGCAAGAUGUUCAGCAGCUGUGGGGAGUGUGAGGAUAUGAAGGCCCACAGCACCGACUCUCUUGUGUCUGGGGGCCCCCUAGGGGGCCCCCGUUGCCGCUGCAGCAGCAUAAGUGUCUCCGAGUCCCUCAGCCGCAGCAGGAACAGCAGGGGCCCCAUGGGGACAGUUGGGGGCAGGGGACUAAUAACAGUAGCAACAGCACUUGCAUUUACAUGCAGGAAGAAGCAGCCUGCUGCUGCUGCAUCUGCACCUGCUGCUGUUCCUGCUGCACCUCCUGCUGCUGCUCCUGCAGCAGCAGCUGCUGCUGUACCUGUUGCUCCUGCACCUCCUAAUGCUCCUCGUGACCUCGGGGUUUACGUAGCAACAGUAAUCCCUGAUGAACCCUCAAGCGGUCUCCCAACCAGCAGCAGCAGCAACAGCAGCAGCAGCAGCAGCGGGGAAGGGGAGCUAAUGGAGGUUCGUCUGCAUAGUGUGGAGGUUGCUGCUGCACUUACUCAUGAUGUCUCCUCCUAUCGUGUCUCCGAUUGUCUCCAAAUAGUACAGGUGCUGCUAAGAGCAGCAGCAGCAGCAGAUAAGCUGCUACUUAGAUCUGCAUCCAUUGUACCCAGACCUCAACUGCAGCAGCACCAGCAGCAGCAACUGCAGCAGAUGCUGCAGCAGGAAGAGGAGGAACAGCAGGGACAGCAGGGUUAUGAUGCGGUUGUUGCAACUGCAGCAGACAGCAGCAGCAGCAGCAGCAGCAGCAAAGAGCAGCAGCAGCAGCAGCAGCAGGAUGGUCCCGUUCUGUCUCUCAUUGCCCCACCAAACCCCUUCUCUAUGGAGACUUGCUCACAGACAGCAGGGACAGUCUCCUUAGGGUCACGGCUACCUGCUGGAUCUGUACAGACACUGCUGCUGCAGGCUAAGUAUCCUUUGCCUACAAUCCCUGCUAGCAGCAGCAGCAGCAGCGGGGACGACAGUCGUAACAGCAGCGACAGCAGCAACAGCAACAGCAGCAACAGCAGCAGCAGCAGCAGCAGUAGUUCCUGCAUGGUAUUUUAUGAUUUAGUUGUUCGUUAUGAGAUAGACACUGGAUAUCUCUCAGACCCUCCUCUGGAUCCGUAUAUGCUGCAGCAGCAGCAGCAGCAGCAGCUUUGCAGCAGCAGCAACAACAACAACAACAGCAGCAGCAGCAGCAAUCUGCUGUCUUAUAUUAUCCCGCUGCAGCUACCAGCUAGAGCGUCUCCUCUCUUAAUAGAAGUUGAGUGUCCCCGCGUAGGCCGUGUUGGCUCCUCUCUCCUUGUGCAGCUACAUAUUACUAAUACUACACAGGAGGCAAUAGAAAUAUGCCAUAAAGUCUGCUUAGAGUUCGAUCGUCAAGAGCAGCACAACGGGGGCCCCCGGGGGGCCCCUGGGGGGCCCCCAGGGGCCCCUGAUAAGAGGAGACAGAGGACAUCAGGGGAGACACAAAGCCCUACUAAGUCUCCUCGUGUAGGAGAAUGUCAUGAUUGGCUAAUGGUAUAG